ACUAGUACUACUACCACUGACAAAAAACAGAUCGGGUUGGGUUGGGAAGCUUCUCACUUUCUUUCUCUCUCUCUCUCUCCAUUGAGCGCCCGAUCCAAGAUCGGUAACAGGAUUGAGGACAGAUCGAUGUUUCGCGGUGGGCGGAAGAGCAGCAAGAGCAAGAUCAACGACAAGACCACUACUACUAGUAGCAUUAGCGGAGAUGGCGGCGGCAAGGAGAAGUUGAUUCCAAAUCUGGAGAUAUACGACGAAGAGGAGGAGGAGGAGGAGAAGCAGUUUUUCUACAGCAGCAGGCUGCUCUCCAGGGAGACCAACAACCACCCUUCUUUCCGGGUCUACUACGGCGACGCCUCGGUUGCAGUGCCCUUCACUUGGGAGUCUCAGCCGGGGACGCCCAAGUCCAAAUACCACAUCGACUCCGCCCGCCACAUCAUCAGCCACAGCGCCCCUCUCCCUCCUCUCACCCCGCCGCCCUCCUACUUCUCCACCAAUAAUUACAACUCCUCCUCUUCUGCGAUCGCCACUGGUCGGGACAGGCGCCAGCUCAGCAAGAAGCAGUACAGCUCCUUCAGGUGGCCCACCAAGCUGUUCAUGAGCUUCCGCAAGCGGCCCACUAACAACAACAACUACUCGGUGGGCUCCUCCUCCUCCUCUUCCGACAACUCCACUAGUCUCUCCCCCACGCGCAGUCAUAAUAACAACCUGCUGUACAGCCGGCGGAGGGUGUCCAGCCUUGAGUCGUUGCUGGACCUCAAGUCCGAUCCGGAUGGUGGUGGUGGUGGUGGGGGCCCAUCGGCGGCCAUUGUGGAUGGGGCUGGAUCCGGAUCCGGGUCGUCGCCCACUUCCACGCUUUGCUUUGGAGGGAGCACCAGGCUUCGUGGCCGGUACGGCUGGUUGUAAUUAACUCCCGGCUGCCUGCUUCUGCUGCUGCAAAUCUGCAAUGCAUGUAUGGGGAAAAGAAAAGAAAAAAAAAAAAAGGUAAAAGGAUUUUAAUAAGAAAGUGAAAAAUUGGGCCGUGUGGUUUGACCCUUGGAUCCAGCCUCGAGGUACUACUCGCUGCUAGCUACUUUAACUUUCUUUAAUCGUUUCGGGUUGGGUUUCGGGUUAGGUUUCGGGUUGGGUUUCAUAUAAAUAUAAUAUACUGAAUGGGCAUGGUUGGAUCGGAUCGAGUUGGGGCUGGACCAGCACUCCUAGUAGUACUCGUUUGUAUGUUAUGUUUUUGGUAUGAGCAAAUAUUUAGUAUCCAUCUAAAUUACUUACGGUUUUGAAUGAAUGUUUUUUGUUUUGUACGUCAAAUAAAUUAAUCAAUGAAGU